CAACGACAACAAGCGAAGGAUGCGAGAAACAGUCUACGCUAGUGCUGUGCAGGAGCUUCCUUUCGCUUUGUGAAUACAAGGUAGCGCCGGGAACGAGGCAUUGCUGUGAGAAGCUGGGAUAUACAAAUAUAUUUAGCAGUGUGUUUUUCUAAAUGCAACGUGUCUUGACAGAGUGCGGAUCUCGUCCAGGCAUAUCUCCAUGAUACAACACAGUAAGAUGAUGAUGAGUUACAUGCCGACUUAGAUUGAAGACACUGAUGAAAAACAAGAAACAGUGAAGAAGGUUCAAAGACUGAAUCAGAACGAUCAAGGCCAGAUGGAUGAUAGUGACACAGAGUGUGGAGGAUGUACACCAGCAGUGUGCCCUGGGAGUCAAAAUGACGGGGACACGUCAUCAGGCGGGGAAAACAUGGAGCUUGCAGGUAUUCCCAUGGACAACCCUCAAGGAACAACUGAAGGAGCAGGCAGUACUCCGGAGGAUGCAGAAAGAAAAGAUGGUGAUGAAGAGAGUACUGACGAAUUCUUGUUUGAUGACAUCACAGAUGAGGAAGAGGGGGAAGGAAUAGAAGACUUGUCACAGCUUGGAGCAGGUACUGUAGCCGUCAAACUCCAGACUGUUCAACAAGAGUCAUACCAACUUGUAGAGAAAGAUACUACGACAUUAGCACAACACAUUGUGGGAUGUUGUCAACAACCACAGGCAGAAAUAGCGUCAACACCACAGCAGGGGACACAACUCCAACCAGCUUCAGAUGGUGAUGUUGAUCAGACAACAAGCCAGGCACAACUGUCCUCAACUACAUCUUGUGUAGUUCCUAACACAACCAGUCUACAGGACCCGCCAACGGCAGCCCUGACACCAGCGUCCACAUCAUCCCUUCUACCCAGAAUACCAGGAUCUGUUGUAUCAGAGAUACAGUCGUCCGGGCUACCUGUGGUACCAGUGACUGGUGAUUCUUCUGUAGUCGCCCAGUACAACCUUAUCGAAGUACGGCAGCAGUUUGGAGAUGUGACAGUCCAGGGCGCCAAGAAUCUGAACAUUGGCGGAACGCAGAACAUUGGUACACCUCAGACCAACCCAGAGGAAGAGGAGAAGCCACUGACUGCUGCACAGAAGAUCAGGAAAAGAACGGAAUCUAGGAUUCAGUCAAUGACUAAAGACAUGGUGGAGACAGAAGCCCUCCAGAUAGUGACGGAGAAGCUGGACAGAGGAGCAACGUGGGUGACAAUUAAAGGAAGGCCAGGAGAGGGGAAGUCUACAAUAGCCUACAUGGCCCUCAAAGAUCAGCACACUCAGGGGAGACAAGUGUAUCAGGUGGUGUCACCAGAAGAGUUCAAUGAGGUCAUAACGGCCAGCACAAACCCUGUCAUUAUGUUAGAUGACAUAUUUGGUGAUCUAGAAUUUGAUGUAGCAGAAUGGGCCAAGUGGAGGCCAAGUCUACGACCUUUUGUGGAUAUGAAGGAUACAGACAAAACCACUGAAAAAGACUCUAUAGAUAAAUCCACUAAAAGCAAAAAAGAGAGAACAAAGGAUGAGCAAACAAUUCUAAAGAGAACAGCACCAAACAAAGGCAAAACGAUCAUUAUCCUCAUAGGCCGUGACUAUGUGCUGAAAUCCUCACUGGCAGACUUGGGAAGGGUGGCAGAUUACAUAUCUAGUCCCCAGUAUAUGGUGGAAGUUUCCUCACAGAGAGACUCUAAUGAACGAAGGAAGAUAUGGCAUGUUCAUGCCAAAACAAAAAACAUAGACUUUGAUGAGUCAACCGUGUCUCGGAUAUGUCAAACUGACUGUCCACACGGCUUUCCCCACGUGUGUAAAAUGUUUGUCACAACAUAUGAAAAGGAUCAGACUCAGCUUCCAGUAGAUAAGUUUUUUCAAGCGCCUCUAGCAUUCCUCAAACAGACCCUAGAUAAAUUCCUUAAAGAUGAGAUAAAGAUUUCCCUGUUCAAGGCUAUGAUUAAAAGUGAUGGAAAGAUUAGUGGACAAGAGUUGGAAGAGGAGGAUGCCCAUGGAUACAAAUACAUAACAGCUGCUGAUGAUUUAGUUGGAUCUUACCUCAAGAAGGAAGAUGACACAUACAUGUUUGACCAUCCCUCUCUAUAUGACUGUGUCGCUUUAAUUCUCAGUACAAAACAAUCAAAGUUUGUCAUCGAUUUUUGUAGUUUGUCAUUCAUCCAUCAGCGACUUCGUCUUAAAGCCUCCACAAGACCAGGGGAAAACGUUCCUGGUGAGACAGAUCUUGUUGCAAACAUCUCAUGGAACUAUGCUAAACAUCUAGCAAGAAGAUUUGCAACUGAAAUUUCAAGGAGCAAUUUGUUGCAUGUCUUAUCGCACCAGGCAUGUUGUAAUCCAGAGUUUAUUGACUUGCUAAUGGUCUGCCUGAAGACACAGUGUCACAUGUCUGUUUCUGAUAUUCUCAAACUAGCUGAUAACUCUUCAAAACAGACAUUUUGUGAAUUAAUUUCUAGCAGCAAGUCACAUCAUCUCAUCAAAUUUAUUAUUGAGAAAGAACACAGAACAUUCAGCCAGCGUGAACUGAGAUACAUUUUACUUGGGGUGUGCAUGAAUGCUGCUUGCAGUGUACUGACCUAUAUCAGUGAACACCAUCAGCUUGAGAUAGAUGCUAGAUAUGUUUGGGGAUGGAAAACACCGCUUAUGUUAGCAGCAGAAACCAAAGACACUGUGUUCGUUAAUCAAAUUCUGGCCCUUAAGCCUAACCUGAAUGCAAGAGACAAUCACGGUCAAACUGUCCUUCAAUACCUUUGCGCAUAUGGCCUUACAUCAGCUGUGAAACAUGCAAUUAACAUGGGCGUGGAUGUUAAUGAGCAGAAUGUACCAUUGUUUGGUCCUUACCCGCAAACCCCUCUAUAUCGUGCCAUAACAAAUGGUCAUGUUGAGGUGGUGGGACUGCUGCUGCAAAAAGGAUGUGAUAUAGAUAAACAGAGAGGUCUUAAAUGUGCAUUGAAGAGCCAGAACACGCAUAUGACGCGUUUUCUUUUAGACAGAGGAGCACAGGUUGGUGGUGAUGCUUUGCACACUGCUUGUCUGUUGAACAAUUUGUCUAUCAUCAAGAUGUUGUUUGAGGAGGGUGCUAAAGUUGACAUGAUUUCAUCUGCAGGGGAUACUCCUCUUCACGGUGCAUGUGACCCUAAUGUUGUCUCGUUUUUGUUGGAGAACGGAGCUAACGUGAAUGUCAUGAAUAAAAGGGGUGAGACACCACUUCAUGGAGCAGCAAGGAAUGGAUAUACAGAGUGUGUUGAUCUGUUACUGAAGGCUGGAGCUAAUGUGAAUGUACAGAAUAAUGCAGGUGACACACCACUUCAUAACGCAGCAGCAGCAGCAGAAGGCUUGGGAUCUGCAGGGUGUGUUAAUGUGUUACUGAAGGCUGGAGCUAAUGUGAAUUUACAGAACAAAACAGGUGAUACACCACUUCAAAAAGCAGCAGCAAGGAAUAGAUCUACAGAGUGUGUGGAUGUGUUACUGAAGGCUGGAGCUUAUGUGAAUGUACAAAACAAUAUAGGUGUCACACCACUUCAUACAGCAGCAGGAAAGGCAUGGUAUGGAUUUAUAGGGUGUGUUGAUGCGUUACUGAAGGCUGGAGCUAAUGUGAAUGUACAGACCAAAACAGGGUACACACCACUUUAUGCAGCAGCAGCAACGGCAGCAAUAAAUGGAUCUACACAGUGUGUUGAGGUGUUACUGAAGGCUGGAGCUAAUGUGAAUGUACAGAACAAUACAAGUGAAACACCACUUUAUGCAGCAGCAUGGUGUGGAUAUACAGCGUGUGUUGAUGUGUUACUGAAGGCUGGAGCUGAUGUGAAUGUACAGAAUAAUACAGGUGACACACCACUUCAUAAAGUAGUAGCAGUAGUAGCAACAAGGGGUGGAUCUACAGAGUGUGUUGAUGUGUUACUGAAGGCUGGAGCUAAUGUGAAUGUACAGAAUAAUACAGGUGACACACCACUUCAUAAAGCAGUAGCAGUAGUAGCAGCAAGUGUUGGAUCUACAGAGUGUGUUGAUGUGUUACUGAAGGCUGGAGCAAAUAUGAAUGUAAAGAAUAAUACAGGUGACACACCACUUCAUAAAGCAGUAGCAGCAGGAGCAGCAGCAUGGAAUGGAUCUAUAGAGUGUGUUGAUGUGUUACUGAAGGCUGGACCUGAUGUGAAUGUCCAGAAUAAUGCAGGUGACACACCACUUCAUAAAGCAGCAGCAGCAACAAGGGAUCGAUCUGCAGAGUGUGUUGAUGUGUUACUGAAGGCUGGAGCUGAUACGAAUGUACAGAAUAAUACAGGUGACACACCACUUCAUACAGCAGCAGUGGCAGCAGCGAGAUAUGGAUCUACAGGGAGUGUUGAUGCGUUACUAAAGGCUGGAGCUUCUGUGAAUGUACAGAACAAUACAGGUGACACACCACUUCAUAAAGCAGCAUGGUAUGGAUCAACAGAGUGUGUUGGUGCGUUACUGAAGGCUGGAGCUAUUGUGAAUGCACAGAACAAUACAGGUGACACACCACUUCAUACAGCAGCAGCAGCAGCAGCAGCAGGGGAUGGAUCUACAGGGAGUAUUGAUGCGUUACUGAAGGCUGGAGCUUAUGUGAAUGUACAGAAUAAUACAGGGAACACACCACUUCAUAAAGCAGCAGGAGCAGCAAGGUAUGGAUCUACUGGGAGUGUUGAUGUGUUACUGAAGGCUGGAGCUUAUGUGAAUGUACAGAACAAUACAGGUGACACACCACUUCAUAAAGCAGCAUGGCAUGGGUCAACAGAGAGGGUUGGUGCGUUACUGAAGGCUGGAGCUAGUGUAAAUGUACAGAACAAUAUAGGUGACACACCACUCCAUGCAGCAGCAGCAGCAGAAGGGUGGAGAUCUACAGAGUGUGUUAAUGUGUUACUGACAGCUGGAGCUGAUGUGAAUGUACAGAACAAUACAGGUGACACACCAGUAUUUCAUUGACCAGGUCAUCCAAAACCUUAUCAGAGAUAUGCCACUGUUAUUAGAAAUAAAUGGUAAUAAUAUAUAUAAUCCCAGUGUCAUUGCUGAGAGAAGGUUAUGGAUGUCGGACAGUUUGUGAUAUUAGCAAGCUCUUCUCCCUUAAUCCUUUGUACCACUUCGUUACUGUUGGUGUGAGGGUUUUAUGUCGUUGAUGGAUGUUUUUUUUGGGUUUAACACCGCACUCAGCAAUAUCCAUGCUGUUUGAUGGCUGUCUGUAAACAUUAUAGUGAUUGACACAUUAUAGUGAUUGACAUCAUGAGCAUCGAUCUUUGCAAUGGGCGAUCUUGUUCAAUUCAUCUUCCUUUCACUCACCCGGCUGGUGCACUGACUUGGACGGUCCAACCUUAAACUGACGGCGCAUGUGGUACGAGCGGUACAUUCCACGUCGCUUUGUUGAUGGUUUGCAAUCGGUACUGAAAGUGAUUGCCUUUGAUGUUUGAAUAUCACACUUUUAGAAAUGAAGUAGAUUUUCAUUGUAUAUAUACCCAUAUCUAUGUUGUAGUAUCGCCAAUCACGCUACAUCAUAUGCAUGCAUUUCAGUACAGUGGUAAGGCGAUGGGGUACGCGAAAUGUGAAGGUCUUAUGAAACGUAAAGUUACAAGUUGCCUAAAUGUUGUGAAUUUCGACAGCAACACAUGUAAGUAUUUGUCAGGUAUAUAAGUGAGAGAAGUGUGAAAUGUUUUCAAGAAAUUGCAAAAGAAAAUAGGCAGUGACAAAUAAUGGCAUCAGCUAGAUAGCACAAUACAAUGUUCAAUAUAAAACAAAUGAAAAUCACUUAAAUCGAUCUUGAUAUUUAAGGGUUAGUUAGGGCCAAAAAGAGUUUAUAACUUGGACACAUUUAAGAUCCCCACGGUAU